AUGAGUGCCAUUUAUAAGCUGUCAAUCCAAGGCAUACGGUCCUUCGACUCCAAUGACCGGGAAACCAUCGAAUUUGGCAAACCACUGACUUUGAUAGUCGGCAUGAAUGGUUCUGGGAAAACAACCAUCAUCGAAUGCUUGAAGUACGCCACCACGGGUGAUCUCCCCCCCAAUAGCAAAGGUGGAGUCUUCAUUCAUGACCCGAAGAUAACUGGUGAAAAGGACAUUAGAGCUCAGGUUAAGCUGGCGUUCACGAGCGCCAACGGACUUAAUAUGAUCGUCACCAGGAAUAUUCAGCUAUUGAUGAAAAAAACAACUGCCACUUUUAAGACGUUGGAAGGCCAAUUGGUCGCUAUCAACAAUAGUGGCGACCGUAGCACUCUGUCUACCAGAUCCUUAGAACUGGAUGCGCAGGUGCCCCUCUAUUUAGGUGUCCCGAAGGCGAUCUUGGAGUAUGUGAUCUUCUGUCAUCAGGAAGAUAGUCUUUGGCCAUUGAGUGAACCAUCCAAUCUUAAAAAGAAAUUUGAUGAGAUCUUUCAGGCGAUGAAGUUCACAAAAGCUCUGGACAACUUGAAGUCCAUAAAGAAAGAUAUGUCUGUAGAUAUCAAAUUAUUGAAGCAAUCAGUGGAGCAUUUGAAGUUGGACAAGGACAGAUCCAAGGCAAUGAAACUCAAUAUCCACCAGUUACAAUCUAAAAUAGACCAGUUUAAUGCGGAAGUGUCACAGAUCGAAGCUCAAUUAAACGAAAUUACUGAACAAUCUGAUAAAUUAUUCAAAUCAAAUCAGGAUUUUCAAAAAAUCUUAUCCAAAGUGGAAAAUCUGAAAAACUCAAAGACCUCUAUAAGGGAUCAAGUGGAAAGAUUAUCAAAUUCCAUUGAAAUCUUAGACUUGUCUAAAAUGGAUUUACAGAAUUUGUUGGCUAAUUUCUCCAAAGUCCUGACGGAAAAGAAUCAUCAAUUGAAAGAUUUGGAGAUGAAUAUUUCAAACCUGAAAAACCAGCAAUCAUCUUUGCAAAACCACUCCAAUUCUCUUAUCAGAAGACAGGGUGAACUAGAAGCUCGUAAGGAGGCAUACGAAAAGAACCUGAGUCAUCUCGCCUCAUUGAAAGAAGACUUCCAACAGAGAUUUCAACAUCUUUCAGAUAAUAACAACAGCGACAUGGUUAAAACAAAUCAAGAGAUGUCGCAGUUCCAGGUUCGUAUUUUUCAAGAUCUAUCGAACACUGCAGAGCAGUUUGCUAAAGAAAUUCUAAUAAAGGAGACAAAUGUAUCGGAACUGGUAAAAUCAAUAACUGUAGACUCACAAAAUUUGGAAUACAAUAAGAAGGAUAGGACGAAAUUAAUUCAUGAUACGGAAGAGCUUACUGAAGAAGUGAGGUUGCUUAAAAACUUGUCCACUCAAGACGAUCUCAAUCAUGAAUUGGAAAACUUGAAUACAUAUAAGGGAAAGUUACAGGCCUGGGAAAACGACAAUACCAUACCGAAACUAACUCAGAAAAUCGAAGAGAAAAACAACGAGAUGAUAAUUUUGGAAAACCAGAUCGAGAAAUUCCAAGAUCGUAUAAUGAAAACAAAUCAACAAGCAGAUUUAUAUGCCAAACUAGGGCUGGUCAGAAAAUCUCUUAAUGUCAAGUCAGGUGAUUUACAGAAUAUCAUUGAAAAACUACAAAAGGAUCCUAAAAUAAGGCAGAUUUUCCCCAUUACGCAAGACUUUCAAAAAUCUGAUUUAGAAAUCGAUUUUCAAAAAUUGUUUAUCAACAUGCAAAAGAAUAUCGCUGUAAAUAAUAAAGAAAUACAUGAAUUUGAUAGAAAAUAUACUAAUGCCUUGUACAAUUCCAACACCAUAGAAAAGGAUUUACACGAUAAUCUGCAUUCACAACAAAAAGUGAUACAACUACUAAACGAAAACUUGCCUGAAGAUUGUACAAUUGAUGAAUAUAAUGAUGUUCUGGAAGAAACUGAAUUGUCCUACAAGACUGCGUUGGAGAACCUGAAAAUGCAUCAAACGACUUUGGAAUUUAAUAGGAAAGCCCUAGAAAUCGCUGAACGUGACAGUUGCUGUUACUUGUGUUCAAGGAAAUUCGAAAAUGAAUCCUUUAAAAGCAAGUUAUUACAAGAAUUGAAAACUAAAACGGAUGCAAAUUUCGAAAAAACUUUAAAAGAAACCGUCCAAAAUGAAAAAGAAUAUCUUGAUAGUUUAAGAUUACUGGAAAAACAUAUCAUUUCACUAAACUCCUUGUGUCAAAAAAUCGAAAACGCUCAGGAAGCUCUUGAUAAAGCUAAAGAAGAAACAAAAGCUUCUAAAACAAAACUAGAUUUACUAGAAACAAAAUCCACAACUUUAAAAAAUGAAAAAGAAUUUGCAGAAUCUGAAAUUCGUCCAUUGAUUGAAAAGUUCAUUUAUCUAGAACGAGAGGUUAAAGAACUUGAACACAGCUCUAAGACAAUAUCUGACGAGCUAUCCAUUUAUAACACCAGUGAAGAUGGUAUUAAAACUGUCGACGAACUGAGAGACCAACAAAGGAAAAUGAAUGAUUCUUUACGUGAAUUAAGGAAAAACAUAUCAGAUUUACAAAUGGAAAAGGACGAAAAAGUGAGAGAAAAUUCAAGAAUGAUCAACUUAAUCAAAGAGAAGGAAUUAAAUGUCUCUGAAAUCGAAUCUUCUUUAACACGGAAACAAAACAUUGAUAAUUCUAUAAAAUUGAAGAAAGCAAACAUUAAGGAUAUUGAUUCAAGAAUUGAAGCUUUAGAGUCACAAAUAAUUUCUUUGCAGAAUAAAAAAAAUGAAGCUCAAAAUGUCUUGGACAUAACCAAAAACGAACGCGAUCUGCAAAUUAACAAUAAGCAAAAAAUUGUGGCUGAUGUUAAUCGACUGAUAGAUAGAUUCCAAACCAUUCAUAAUGAAGCUAUUGACUUUGAAUCAAGGGGAUUUAACGAACUACAAAAAACAGUGAAAGAGCUGGAAUCAAAUAAAGUUCAAAUGAAAGAACUAAAGGAACAACUUGACUCUAGACUAAAUGAAAUGAACGAGGAAAAGAGGAAACUUGCAGACUCAAAUAAUGAGGAGAAAAAUUUGAAACAAAACUUAGAAUUAAUCGAAUUGAAAUCACAACUUCAUAAUAUAGAAGCCGAGAUCAAUGAAUUGGAUGUUCAAAAUGCAGAGGCCGAAAGAGACAAAUAUCAAGAGGAAUCAUUGAGGCUGAGAACUAAUUUUGAGAAAUUGAGUUCUGAGAAUGCAGGUAAAUUAGGUGAAAUGAAACAAUUACAAAAUCAAAUAGAUUCACUAACCCACCAAUUACGCACCGAUUAUAAGGAUGUUGAGAAAAGUUAUCACAAAGAGUGGGUAGAAUUACAAACCAGGUCUUUUGUCACUGAUGAUAUAGACGUUUAUUCUAAAGCACUAGAUAGUGCCAUUAUGAAAUAUCAUGGGUUAAAGAUGCAAGACAUAAACAGAAUAAUCGAUGAGUUAUGGAAGCGUACGUAUAGUGGAACUGAUAUAGAUACCAUCAAGAUUAGAUCAGACGAAGUUAGUAGUACAGUGAAGGGCAAAUCAUACAAUUACCGUGUUGUAAUGUAUAAACAGGAUGUGGAAUUGGAUAUGAGAGGAAGAUGUUCGGCAGGCCAAAAGGUUAUUGCGUCCAUUAUCAUCCGGUUGGCCUUAUCGGAAACGUUUGGUGCAAAUUGUGGUGUCAUUGCAUUAGACGAGCCUACCACCAAUUUAGACGAAGAAAAUAUCGAAAGUUUAGCAAAAUCUUUACACAAUAUCAUUAAUAUGAGAAGGCAUCAAAAGAAUUUCCAACUCAUUGUCAUUACCCAUGAUGAGAAAUUUUUGGGCCAUAUGAAUGCAGCGGCAUUUACCGACCAUUUCUUCAAAGUUAAAAGAGAUGAUAGACAAAAAUCACAGAUUGAAUGGGUGGAUAUUAAUAGAGUUACAUAUUAG